ACUCUCCGCUGGAGUUUCUGAAAGCGGCAUGUUGACGCAUGAAACAUGUUCCUCUCUGCAUAAAAAGGCACAUCGCCUCUGGAAAUUCGGCAUUCAUAACACACUUUUAGAGAAGCUUUUGUCCAGUAGUUAAGUUAUUUCCGUUUGGAUCUCAUUGCAUUUACCUGACAACAUGUCAGAAGUCUUCAUUAUAGAUAUAAUUCACUGUCGGUGUCCGCAGCACAGCUCGUGCGUGGAGAGGCAAAUAAAAAGCGUCACAGGUAGGAGCGAUGUCGGCUUUCAAAUCUAUCUACUAUUUCAACCACACGGUCAACGUUGUAAUGCAAACGGCGAGAACACGGUGUCUUUGCUGGAAACGUUUUCCAGUCAGAAGACAAACGUCCACGUAUUGGACUACACCACUGUUACGGAGUCUUGGUACCGUUUCAAACUAGCCGUGGACCAACUAGACUUGCGAACGGUUCGGGUCUUCACCUCAAAAAACAGGAGGCAGAUGUUUGAAGCAUACCAUGAGCAACUUUUCACGGAGGUGUACACGUUUGAGUACGUCACAUCCAAUGAUCUCCCGUGCCCUGGUCACAUGCAAUGCGACUCACCUUUCGCUCCACCUGUCAGUGAGGUCAGAGAGGAGGUCAGAAGCUUUCUGCAGCAGUUACACGCUAAAGGAGACAUCACUAUACUGAGGUCCACUUUAAUUUCAGACUGUUUCUCCCAUGGGUUCACCACGCGUACAGGAGGUAUUUCCUCCAUCUCCACCCUCUCCUCUCUCAACCUGUUCAGUAGCUCCAGACGCAGAGACUCCAGGACCCUCGUAGCCGAGAACAUCCGCCGACUAGCCCAAAAGGCUGGGUUCUACCCCCGACUACUGCACCUGGUCAAGGUGAACCACGGCAGUGACGUAUGGGUGAUGGGAAAGGAGGAGGAGCCACAGGACUAUGAUGGUAUCGUAACCAAUCAGAGAGGUGUUGUCAUAGCUGCUCCAGGAGCUGACUGCAUGCCACUCCUCUUCACUGACCCCGUGACCAGGGUCAUCGGAGUAGCUCACGCUGGAUGGAAAGGAACCCUGAUGGGUGUUGCCAUGGCUACAGUCAACGCCAUGGUGAUGGGGUUCGGCAGCAGGGCAUGUGAUGUCACCGUGGUGAUCGGGCCGUCGGUGGGGGCCUGUUGCUUUACACUGGAGAGAGAGCAGGCUGCAGAGUUCUACUCUAUACACCCUGACUGUGUUCCUGACAUGGCCGAGACCAGGCCUCACGUCAACAUACGACUAGCCACCAGAAUACUUCUCCAGAGGGGUGGGGUCCUGCCUGAGCGUAUCCAUGAUGACACAGUGACUGACAGGCCGAGUGUGACCCUGUGCACCUCCUGUCACCCUGAGGCCUUCUUCUCCCACGUCAGGGACGGGCUUGACUUCGGAACACAGAUGGGCUUCCUGUGGAUGGACGAAACAGGAACUACUGACUGUUUCAGUAGUUCACAACACUGAAUUAAUUUAUGUACACUACCGUUCAAAAGUUUGGAGUCACUUAGAAAUGUCCUUGUUUUCGAAA